CCUCACGGGAGGGGAGGCUCAUGGCCCAGCCCGUGCCCUCACCCAAAAUGGCCGCGGGCGCCUCYGUCCGGCCCUAAGGCGGGCUCUGCGCUGAGGGCGCGGAACGCGGAGGCGGCCGCGGUCCCUUCAGAGCGGCGCCGGAGCCCGGGCAGGUCCAAUGAGGUUUCAUGAGUCAGAUUUGGCUGUUGGGAUUUUCUUUUGAAGAUGUACAUGUUGGUUGAAAACCGCACGAGUUCCUAUCUUCAUCUGAAGAGGUCACCUGGCAUCCGAUCCUGGUCUCUCUGUGUUGGAAUAGCCUCCAUAGGUUUGGCUGCUGCUUAUUAUAGUGCAGACAGCUUGGCAUGGAAGCUCUUCUAUAUGGCUGGGUGUUUCUUUGUGGCAGCACAGAAUCUGGAGCAGUGGGAGGAAGCUGUAUUUGAUAAGAACAAGGGAACAAUCUGCCUAAAAACAUUCAAUCUCUACAAAAAAAUACUGACSUUGUCCAAAGGAGGCAAUGAACAAGUYGUGGCUCUGCUGAACGAGAUCCGUGAUGUGAACGUGGAAGAGGAGACUGUGCGGUAUUUUGGGAAGGGUUACCUGGUUGUGCUGCGCUUUGUCACUGGAUUUUCACACCCGCUCACUCAGAGUGCAGUGUUGGGCUGCAGAAGUGAUGUGGAAGCAGUUGCCAAACUCAUUACUAGUUUUCUGGGACUGGACAGAGUGGAGAUCCCACAAGAUUCCUCCCAGAGCAGCGAAACAGAGGCAAGCGAUGCUGAUGAACCACAGGAGUAAAUACUGAUAGUCAUUGUGAACUGAAGUAAGCAGAGGCUUUCACACAUCUGGAAGAUACUCUGUUCUUCAGAAAAAGAAAUCCCUCACAACCUUGACCUGGGCAUUUCUCAACAUGUGCRUUCACAAUGGGAUGAGUCUGUCUUAGGGGGCACAUUUUUUAGUGCUAAACUGCUUCAAGAUCCUGCAUGUGGACACUGCUGGCUUUUGAACUUUGUCAGCUCAUCAGACUUGUCUAGGAGUAGUUAUUUGUUAAUGAGUUGGUUUGAAAUUACUGCUUUUCCAUUAAUGAAGUGGAGGUACGGAUGUGAACUGCUUACUGCAAACAUUUACUGCAGGUACAGUAUAUGAAAUGUAGAAGAGUUAGAAAUUUAACUCAUAAACAAUGCUUGGAGGUUUUCCUUUUAAUAUAUGCAAUUAGAAGAUGCAGAGUAGUGGCACUUUUAUGUUCUCUACUACUGACUUGCCRUUAGAUAUCUGUGGAAAUUAAAGUCUGAGUGCCUGUUUUGGAAUUCUAAACAUCAGGGUGAUCAACCUGUAACCAUUGUCUUAACUUACCUUGGACUCACCAGGGAGCCAUAAAUAGUAAAGGAAAAAUUAUCAUGAUGAUGAUGAUGAAAGAUCUUGGGGAUGUUCUACCCUAAUGGUGUUCAGCUUAACUUCUGGGCAGGACAGAAUAAUCUUUUUCUACACCUCAAUGUUUACUAUUUAAACUGUGUAUUUAGAAAGGAAGCAGGGACUUGUGUAACUUUAGGUAGGGAAAAGACUGUUAUCAAACARGGUGGUAGUCUAGUGUUGUUGAGUAUUUCCUCACUUGAAAUKAUACCGAAGUGCUAAAUAAUAACUUAUUUAAGGUAGCUGGCAUAGAUUCAGUGUUUGACUUGUACCCUUGUUUCACUCCAAGUAUGUGGUGUCCUCUGUUCUGACCGACGAUUUCACAAACAGUUAAAAUGUAACUUUUUCAAGGUAUUUCUGAAGUAAAAGCUACCUCUGUUAGUCAACUCAUCUAGAAAUAGAACUCCAUCAUGCUUACAUUAACAUGUCAAUACAAGAAAAAAAAAUUUUAAGUGCUGUAAGUUCUUCAGUGUGCUACAGCUGCUUGUACUGAAGUUCACUAGUUUUUAUUUAUGAAUCUUAAGGUCUUUAGACCUGAUUUAGAAAGUAUUUACACAGUUACUUGUAGGAUAUAUGAAUGGGGUACGAGGUGACUAUUGCCUGCUUUCACAGUUGGCCAGCAGCAAAUGUCUCCUGGCAACAGUCUCUUCAGGAUUUAAAAGAGCCUGUGUUCUUGUUUCCAAUCACUCUACCUCUACAGAGAGAAGGCUCUGAAAAGUUUUUGGCAGAAGCUACGUCCUGUUGUGUGUUCCAUCUUGGUCUGAAACUGAGUACCUGCUCAUCAAAGAACAGGUUGUACCAAGAUUUCCCUUCCAGCCAUUCAGGCCUGCUAUGUGAGCUGAGAGGCAAAGGCUCAUGCUGUCAGUGGGAAGGUACUCACACUGCAGCAGGGAGGUGGCUGCUGAUGUAUCUUGUGUGCAGCACAGAAGUGGGUCUGUUUCCUUUAAAUAAAAAGUUGAAAUCACAUCAGAUAKCAAUACAGACCUCUGCCAAUACACAAUCAUGAAAGUCCUCUUGAGUUGCUGGGAUAAUCGAGGCUUUCAGUGCUUACUCCGUACCACUGGAACUGGGAAGCUGCUGUGUAUGAAAGCAAUCAGGUUGCAGGCAAUUARCUAAAUUUGCCUUUAUUCUGAAGCACAGCUGUAAGCUAAACAUAAUCAUCAAACCUGUUUAAAAAUAUUGCAGGUAUAACACUUUGUAGAGUUCCUCAUUUAUAUCCGCUGUAAUAUAUGCCCCAGGUGUAAUAUAUGCUCACCUUAGGGAGAGGAAAAUGAGAUGGAGGAUUUGGAGAAUGUUUUUUGCCUGCACAGUGUAAAAUGAGAAUGGUGAGUGUUCYAAGGGCUACCAGUGAGAAGUACUCUCCUAGAGUGUAUAAUGGUAUAGUGUAAGCACAAGGGCUCAGCCUGUGGUAAAUGCUGCUUUGUAUCAAGUAUAUUCAGAAGACAUUUGUGGUAUGCAUUGCACUUACUGAGCCCAUGAAGUGGACCAUGGAUAAAACAGACAAAACUACCUGUCUUCAGUCUUAGCUAUACAGACUUUUGUUUAUAUUCCCAUGAGAGCUGACAUUCCACGGAAGAUAUAAACCAUGCUGUAGGUUCCCAGUUAAAAAACAGCUUCUGAAAGGUACGUCUGUUGGUCUAAUCCUGCACUGCAUUGUGUGUUCUUCUGCUGAGCUGUUGUGCAUCCAGCUUGCUGUGCAUUCUUGGUGUUAGUAAUGUGUUUACUUGUGGACUAUGCAUUAUCUUAUACAAAGACUAAAACAAUGUAAAUAAGGAAAACUCAGAAUCUAUAGAAAGGGGAAUGACCUGUAGUAAGGUACAGCUUGAAAUACAUCCUGUGGAGUAAGUUGCAUGUUGGGUUGAUGUCCAGUGAUCACCUCUUUAGAGGGGUUUUCUAGUAUCUCCCCUCAUUCCUCAGUACCCUGUUGUGGUAGGCAGGAGAAGGAUGGCUGCUGCCAUGCACUGUGUGUCUAGGAGGAAUAUUUUGAUUCCACAGUCUUUCUCUUGGAGCAGUUGGUGCCAUCCUCUCUCAUUCCAUUUCCGUUGUGCAUUUGGCAGCUGUCACAGUACCAAUAAGUACAGUUUCAAUGGGAACCUGAGUUCUGUAGUCGGAGCUAGUGGGCAGGGGCACUGAGGACAUUCUGCCAGGGUGGAGGCAUGUCAGGCACUGCUUGGUGAUCCACCCAGGAGCAUCCUGUGGCACAGAUCUCUCAACCUCUGAGCUUGGCAGUGGGACACUGGACUAAUGUUAUCACAGGCUGAUGAGGUUUUCUCUUGUAUUUAUCUUGAUCCACAUGUGGAACUUCUUACCUUCAAAAACUUCAUCUUUUGUUGGAAGUUGGAAGACAUGGCCAGAUAUAAUGCAGUAACUGUUCAUGCACAAUUAACUUGCAAUUGCCGUUUGGAUUUGGUUAUGGCAAUGUCUCUGCACUCCUCAGCAAUGUGAUGCAGCUUGAAGAACUGCUAAUAGCAGGUGCUAACUCAGGACAGCUUCCACACUUUCCUCUUUGGACUGGUCCUCUCUCAUCCUCCUCUUCCACUUUUCACUGUUCUGGUGAAUGCUGUUGUGGAUGGCUUUCCUCACCUCUCUUGGGCCCAGCAAAUUCAAAGGCCCAGUAAACAUAGCCUUACAUGUGCCUGGUGUAAAGUGGCUUGUACCCAAAGGAACGGUGGGAAGGACUGGUUUUGGUUAGGAAAYUGGGUACUCCUAGAAGACUAUUACAACAGAUGUGGUCAUUAACUUUUGCAUCUCAGGCCAUCUAGAGCCUUGUGCCUGGACACCUGUAGUUUGUAUGACUUAGGAAUGAUUUAAAAACCUGCAUAGCAGACCUUAGAUUAGAUCUAACACCCUGACCCCUAAAAUCAACCCUUUCUGUCUGUUCUUUACUGCAUGGUGAGUGCCACUUGGCAGGUGCUUCAGCUUAUGCUUGGGCAGCACAYUGGCAGUUCCUUGCAUGGCUGUGGUGGGAUGGGACCGUGGCCUUGGCUGCUGCAGUGAGCAAAAGCAUCUGGACAGAGGGAGAACUCCUUAAUGUAAGSUGUAACCUCGUAUUCUGGUGUCUCACAAUGAAAUGAAAUAUUCCAUACCUAGGAUCAAUUGUGYAAGUCUCAAAGAAAAUCAGAGUAUUUAUAGUUGAGUUCUGACUUUGGGCUGUAUUUAUGAAGUURCAGAUACCAAAACCUCAGCUGGCUUACAUAGUAAAUAAAGAGYGCUACUUCUGACACUGCUGUAGAUUGCUGGGAGGCAAAAAUACUUCGGGAAAAUGUUUAGAAAUUGCUUUUUUUACUUUAAAAUUGCAAGUAGAAUUUCAGCAAGG